AUGGAAGAACAUCUUCAUCUUUAGAUUACCAUAUAAGAAUUUUAAUCAGAUUCUACAAUGUCUGACUUAAUAGCAUUCCAAAUCAAAACAAGUAGUUAAUUUCUUAUACUUCAGAACAUGCAACAAUUACAACAAAUUCAUAUGAAAUAUGUAAAGGUUCUAUUCCUAUAAAUGAAACCCAUCUUAUCUCUUUAGAAGAUCGAUCGAUAAACUCUAACCUCAAUAAAUUAGAACUCUUAUUUCUAUUGAAUAAUGAGGUUGCAGGUAGAGUAGAUUGCAAUUUAACUAAAUUGCUCAAUUUUAAUCUUGAAAUCUAAAAUUAUAAUGAUUCUCACAUUGAGACUGAGGAGAAAGUUAUAUUAGAUAACAAUUAGGUGUUUAAUUCAAGAGUUAAAUUAAAACUAAAAGUAUUAAAUCAAACUGAAUAAAAUUCAUAAAGAACAACUAUAAACAUUGCAACUUCUGAGACUUAACAUGAAUAAAAUAUAAUUUUAAUUUAAUUAAGAAAAGAACUUGAAAACUGGAAAUCUAAAUAUACAAAUAUUGCUAAAGAAUUAAAUUUAUUAGGAGAUGAGCUAUUAUCUCUUUAGAUUAAAGAAAAAGGAGAGCUCUAUUCUUAUUUAUCAACCGAAAUCAAUAUAUUUAGAAAAAUUAUGAAAUCAAAGUUACAGCAUUUUUUAUAAAUACAUGAUAAUUAAAUGGAUUAAAUUUAUUUAUUAAAAAAAGAAUUAAAUUCUUUUAGAUCUAAAUUGUGUUUGAAAGUAAAUAAGCUUUAUUAUUAUUUAGUGUUCAGAACCCUUUUUUAAACAUAGUUCUUAAAAUUUAUUUGAAAAAAUUCAAUACUUAUCUUCAAUUAUUGACAAGUAAAUUUUCACUUAAAUUUAGAAAAUAAUCAGAAUAAUUUGCAUUAAUGAAAUCUCUAGAGAUAGAAAAAUAAUAAUAGAAAUCCUUAUAAGACACUAUUUAAAUAUUGAAUCAAUAACAGUUACUGUUAAGAUAAGCUUUAUCAAAAUCAAAGAAAUAAGUUGAAGAUUCGUUUAAGAUCUAGUCAUAAUAGGAAUUAUAAAUUUAAUAGUUGCAUAAAGAAAUCAUAUCUAAAACUUAAAUCAUACUAUUAUUAAAUAAACGUUGUCUAGAAUUAGAGUAAUAAAAUUAUAGAAUGAACUCUGAUAUUUAAUAAACCAUAUAUUUAUACAAAUAAUGGAGUAUGUCAAUAGUCAAAUCAAUUGAAAAAGAAUCCUCUCAAAAAUAGAUAUUAGGAGACAUCUUAAAGUAAUUGAACAAUUCAUUAAAAUUUCUUGCUUCUAAUGAUAUUUUAAAUAAGGAUUCUGAGAAUGAAUAUCAUAACAAAAUUGAAUAAUACAUUCAAGAUUAUCAUUUAUAAUUUACUCAAUUAGAAUAACUAUUAUAUCAGUAUAGAAUAAAAUUUCUUAAUUAUAAUUUGACAUCAAAUUCUAUAAAAUCAGAUGAAUUUAAUACAUUUCUCUUAUAUUUUCCUUAAGAAAAUGUAAAUGAAUAAGAUACCAAAUAAUAUGACAUAUCAAAAUAUUUGAAUUAUUAAUUGGAAUAAAAUAUUUAUAAUUUGAUUCAAUAGAAAGAUGCUGAGAUAACAAAACUAAAGCAGAAAAUAGCAGAUAUGCUAAAUCUUGCUUUAGAAUUAGGAAAUUCAGUGUUAGUCGAAUAAAUGUAACUCACAGUGAUAUGA